UCGCAGUAAUGUUUGCUUUAAGGCGAUUUAAGAUUUAACUCUUGAUUUAGUUUUUCGCCACCCUUUUUAAAAGGUGAAAAUGCUUCUAAUAAUAUUAUUUUCUUUUUAAGAUAUGUAACGUAGACUUAUGUUACUAAUUGGGAUUAACAAGAUAUUGAUAAAAUAUAAUAUUGGCGCGCGACUUUAAUCAAUAGUCCGUGAAAUAUGGCUCUUUGAUCCUUUAUUAAAUACUUUUCAUUGACAUAAUUGCUAAUUUUUUAAGAACUCUUAAAAGUCAAAGUUACCUCAAAUAGGAUUCCUCAAGUUUAAAACCACAUAACAGAUAUAGGUAGAAAUUUGUUUGUGACGCAAGGGAUAAACUUUGAUGUUUAUGAUAGAAGGAAAUGCCGAUAUAACAAUCUGAUACGAGAAAAUAGCUUAAAUCAAACCUGUUUUCUGCGUAAGAUAAAAGUAUAAUAUAAGAAAAGUUGUAAAAGUUCUCAAAUAUUGUCUAAAACGUCAAGUGAACAAGGGCUUACGUUGUGCUCAAGUAGAACUGCGGACAAUAAAUUAAUGUAUGUGUGGAAAGAAGUUACAUUUGGGUGAUAAGAGCACAUUCUUCUCAAAUGAAAGAGUGUUAAGUUGAUGCGGAUCAGAUUAUGGAAUAUGAUUUAGUGAUGACAUAUCCCUGUAUCAGGAUUAACUUGUGCUACGUUAGGAAUUUCGUUUGACAUUUUUAAGAUGCUGAUAGGAUUGUAAUAAACAGGCACUAUGCUUGAGGACAAAGCCAUUGUUGGACUUUACUGGUGUAUAUAUAUCGUCAGUGCACAGGUAAGCCGAGGUUCUGUAUCUAAUACCGCAAAUUCUAAAGGCUUCGAACCAUGGUCCCAGUGGUCGAUAUGUCCGGCAUCGUGUGACGUUCUGUUAACAUCGAGAACAAGGUCGUGCCAAUAUUCGGUUAAUCUGUACCAAAACCAGCCCGAUCAUGGGAGAUCAUGCAGCGGAGUUCGGAAACAAUAUAAGCUCUGUAACAAUACGGCUUGCACUGAGUCACGAAACAACAUAAGAAAAUGGGAAUGUGACAAACAGAGUCACGUGCCAUUUCGCGGAAGACGGUAUCACUGGCUACCAUACGUAAAUAAGGUAAAGCCAUGUGAGGUGUACUGCAAAGCUGCUAGAUACAAUUUCUACUCCGGAUUUGGGCGCUUGUUGAAAGAUGGUGCACCAUGUUCUGAUUCAGGGGACAGUGGAAUUUCUGAUUCAGGGGACAGUGGAAUCUGCCUUCAUGGUAGAUGUCAAGCUGUUGGAUGUGAUGGUGUGGUUGGGUCAGGACUGAAGAAUGACCACUGUGGAGUGUGUGGAGGGGAUAAUGAGUCAUGUCGCAUCAUAGCUGGCAUAUAUACACGUAGGAAUCUCAAAUAUGGCUAUAACCAGAUCACCAGAAUUCCAGCCGGGUCAUGUCAUGUGAACAUAACAGAACUUUCCCGGAGCAGGAACUAUCUAGUACUGAAGUACAGUAAUGGUACAGGUGUGAUUAACAGCGAGCGGACAAGAAUAAAGAGGCCGGGAACAUAUCUGGCUGCUGGUACCAUCUUUACUUACAACAAAUAUGCCGGAGAACAUUGUCCGGGAGAAUGCCUGUAUGCACCAGGGCCGCUCACCUCGGAUAUGGAUAUACAGUUACUGACGUACAGAAGAAAUCCUGGAAUAAAAUAUAUGUUCACAAUUCCUAAAGACAAGAUAGACAGUGUCAUGCAAUCGUUGUCACCAACAGAUACAGACAGAAGACAUGAAGGUCGUCGUCAUGGUGAUACUCGUCGUCAUGGUGAUACUCCAGUUUCUAGUGGAAGUUCUGUUAGAACAAACAGUAGAACUCCAGUUUCUAGCAGAAGUUCUGUUAAUAGUAACAGUGGAAGUUGGAAUCAAGGGAGACAAAUAAGUUAUGAUGAGAAACCGCAGUUUGUCUCCCCUGAUAGUAUCAGUACUACUUACAAUAGUUACCAAGCAUUGCAGGGUGGUUCCCAUGGAACCCAAGAAGCUAUAAAUAGAUUCAGACAUGGAUAUGAUUCCGAUAAAAAUCAGAUAAAUGAUCAAACAGACAGAACUAAUUCUGUAACUAGAAAUAAUCUACCUCUAAAUAAUAGACAGACUGAAACGAGGUACCAGACCAAUAGUAUUCCAGAUGCUGGGUACCAGGGUUCAGGGUACUCAAGAGGAACCAGCAAUCAGAUUUAUGAUAGAACUCAUUCAAGAACCGGAGUAGGGUACCAGCAAUACUAUGGAAACAGAAUAGAAUCAAGGAAACCCGAGUUGAUCGUGCCAGAUACACUAGAUGAGGUGAACUUCCACUGGACAAUAUCAGGGUUUACUGAAUGCUCAACAUCUUGUGGAGGAGGUACACAGGACACCAUUGUUGUGUGUAUGAAGAGGAAAUCCAAUAUAAUAGUGACAGAUGAAAACUGUGAUCCAAACAAGAAGAAUGUACAAACCAUAAGCUGUAACCGCUCGCCAUGCCCACCAGACUGGGAAUCCGGACCAUGGUCAGUAUGCAGUAAAACCUGUGGUGAAGGAGUGCAGACACGUAAAGUGGAGUGCCAACAAAGAUACAGCCAAAACUACUCGGUACCCACAUCAGCUCAGCAGUGUAAUUUGGUGGCUAAACCAGAAACCUUGAGAAGUUGUGAGGUUAAGCCAUGUGCAGACUGGAGAACCAGCAACUGGACAGAGUGUUCUGUGGAGUGUGGUAUAGGGCAGGUAUCACGUACAGUAGACUGUGUUAACACAGAGGGAGAGAAGGUACCUGAGAGGGAAUGUGCCAGUGUACAGCCAGUCAGUACAAAGUCAUGUGACAUGGGAACAUGUGCCAAGGGCUGGUUUCAGACUGUUUGGUCUAAAGAGUGUUCAUCAGAGUGUGGGAGGGGCUACCAUACACGUAAUGUAUAUUGUUCUGCAGAGGAUGGCAGCCCUUUACCAGAACAUAAGUGUGGUCAGAAACCAAAAACAAAAAAGUCCUGCAAGAAGAAGCGGCCAUGUGGAGGAUUUUGGUUUGAAGGACCUUGGUCAAAGUGCACGGCAACAUGUGGGGAGUCGGUGCAGUCACGUGAUGUUGUGUGUAUGAAGAAGUUGGAAAGGAAAAUGUUUGCUGUGGUGGGGGAAGUUAACUGCAAGGAGUACCCAAAGCCUGAAACCAAGAGACCUUGCCCUUCAUUGCCAGCGUGCCCGCCAGAGUGGUUCAUGACAAAAUGGUCCCAGUGUUCGAAGACGUGUGGUGUUGGUAUAAAGACUCGAGAUGUGAAAUGUCUGGAGCCCGGUAUGACACCAAGCUCUGCAUGUCGCAAACAAAACAAACCAUCAUUACGACGGACAUGUAAUACACAGGAUUGUGAUCUUCCUCAGCUUGAUGAAGACCCUAGUUGCAAGGACAAGUGGUCCCAGUGCCAUAUGGUGGUUCAAGCAAGACUUUGCCCGUAUAAAUAUUACAAAGAACAGUGUUGUAUAGCAUGUAAACUACACCACCUUAAACACAAGAAACAGAAGGAACAACAGGAAGUGGGGAAAGAACAACAACAACAACAGGAAGUGCAAGGAGCAUAGCAGACGGAAUAUUUAAAAUAAUUAUAAAACAGGUUGAAUUAAUAUAGCUAAAGAAAUUAUAUAAUAGUUAGAUGUAGCAGAAGUGAAAAGGAAAAGCAUCAGAAUUAUUAGUAGAAUAAAUGGAUGUCAGGAUGUUUUCUGUCAUAAAAACAUGAGACAUUAAUUACUACUAGGAUAUGUAACGGGAGCUGUAAUGGCUGUGUGACAUGGUCAGUACAAGUGGUUUUGGGAACAAGAUCUGGAGAAAAUAGUCCGAGCUGGCUGUUAAGUGUUUCAAGCAAAUUUAAUGAUAUUAACAGUGUUUUGUUAACUUCUGGUUUGCAUACAGAUAAAACUUGUUCAAUGUGAAGACAGAAAAUUGCAGAUGUAUUCAGAAUCCUACGUUUCAAUAUGAGUUGUAGGUGUAGAAAGAAGAUAGAAUUCCAUAAUUGUAUAUAGAAGAUAGAAAACAAUUUGGUUUUGUGUUUUUAUAGCAUUUUCGAUGUGAUACUGUUGAUAAAAUAUAUACAUUCAAGAUCUUUCAACAAUGUGAUCUGCUGUGUUAGAUAUGUGAACUAUGGACCAUUUUUCUUAUGAAAGCUUUGCAAAUUAUGAACAUGUAUAAUGCUUUCACUAUAUCAGUGUAUAGAAUUAUGCAAAUGGUUUUUGAAAAAUGUGUGAAUUUCCUUAGUAUAUGUAUUAAUGCUGUGUAGCUAAGAUAGACAUUCCUGUAGAUAUAUAUAGGGCAUAUGUGUGUAAAUGGCUGAUUGCACUUGGCGAUGAAGUUCUUAAACUUCUUUAUAGUAAAAAUGAAAUAGUUCAAAAAGUAUAGUAGUUAAAGGGUUUACAGUGGAGCUCAUCUCUAAUGCACUCAAAUGUAACAAAAACUCAGAUGGUACCUAUCACACAUCAAAAUUAAUUACGCUGCGGAGUCCUUGAUAAAUUUAUAGUGAUAAUUCAUGUAUUUAUAAAGAAAUAAUGCCAUUGGAUAUUUAGUUUUACAAAAAUGGGCUGCUUUAUCCCAGUUAGUUAAUAAACAUGUAUGAACUUUGGCAUAUGUUGCAUAAAAAGCAAAAUACAAUUUCACUUGUUUAUUUGAUUAUGAGAAUUUAUUAUCAAGCUUCCAUGCAUUUUUUUGUUAAAUUCUUGUUUUCACACCUGAAGGAAUUGGUUUAAUAUUACCGUCUCACAAAUUUUCUUUAUUCUUUAUAGAAUUUCGUAACAUUAUAUAGAAUCAUAAGUUACUUUAAACUGGUAUUAUAAAAUUAGUAUUUUUUUCUAGCAGUAUGUUAAUGUAUAUAACUAAGUGAGAUUGAAAACCAUUUUUAGAGACUGUAUUUCUCAGAUAUGAAAUCUGAUCUGUAUAAACGUCUGUGAAGAAAAAAUGUUGUAUGAUGAAGUCUUAAUUUCAAGCCUCGGAAAUACAUCGGAGAAUAAAAAUAUAAUUUCCAGCAGAUGUCAUAUUACUUGCUUAGUUUCCAUAAUUUUUAUUUUGUAAGUACAUAGAAAUAUAACAGAUACUGGGUUAUUUGGUAUUCUGUGAAAGAUCUUGGAAAUCAUACGUAAAAUUAAGCUAUGCACAAACACAUAGAACAAAAUUUCGUUAUAUCGAAAAAGCAAAAUUUGGAUAUAACAGUGUAAAACUAGGUCCCCAUGAAUUCAUUAGAAGUGUGCUCCACUUUGUAAAAAUUUCUUAUUAAAGUAAACAGAUGUAAGGCAUUUUAUUAAGGUCACAUGAUGAAGACUUUUAUGAAGAACUCUAGUUUUGCUUUUAAUGGCAAAGUUCAUAAAAUUGAAAUUAUUACAGUUAACCAAAGUUAUUGCAUACAUUAGAAAGUAUUUAUAAAUGGCCUUUUUUUCACUUUACUAGACACUGUAUUAAUCAUAUACUGCUGAUAAAUGGCAAUAAAUCCAGCAUUUUCAUGUUUGUUAGAUGUGCUGUCUGUGUUUUAGCAGCAUAUUGCCUUCUGACUAAAAAUAGACUGUGACUAAAAAUAGACCUGGAGCGCCUGUGAAAUAUUACAGACUCAUAUAUACUGGAUUCUAGCGAUUGGAAUAAGUAGUAUCUUUAAUAUAUGUUUUUUAUAACUAUGAUAAUUCUAACCCUAACCUUUAGUCAGUAUAUUAUACAUGUUACACACAUAAUACAUGUGGGAAUGCAUUUACAGUGCGCUCCAAUGAUAAUGAUUUUGUGACAUGUGCAGAAUGACUGCUCCAGGUCUGUAGUGAGCAACAUCACUAAAGAUAUAUCUUAAUAGGACAAACCAAUGUGUUAAUUGAAACACUGUUUUAUUAUUUAAUCUUCAUAUUUGCAUAGGUAGAUGUAUAUAAGUUUAUGCUUUGCUUCUCAGUUAGAACUUAGAGUCAAAGAAAAUAACUGUGGUGGCUAUUUGCCAAGGGGUCUGGUCGUUGAGCUCAAAAAGACACUGAACCAGAGACAAAGUUUAGUACUUGUAUACAGGUUUGUGGAAGCAUUGAACCAACAGUUGCUCAUCCAACUAUUAGAUAUGUUAAAGAAAUUGUAGUGUAUUCUUAAAUCAUUUCAGAAUUAUACUGUUAACUGCAUGUGAAGCUUCUACAUUAAAAUAACUCCACAACUUUUGAAAUAAUACAAGUAAGUAUCUUUACAUGGGUGCAGCCAUUAGAUGUUCUGUAAAUUAUGUAUAAAGUAUGCCGAUUGGUCAAUCACAUCACAUAUAAAAGAUGAAGUUUAAAAUUAAAAAGAUAGGAAAUCCCAAUAUAUUGCAGCUUGCCAGCUGGGCGAUUAUCUUGAAAGAUUGACUCGUACAGGUAAAAAUACGGCCGUCAUGGGCAACAUGGGUGAGUGUUAAUAUAUAUCCCUGUUUUUGUUCAGUAAUGCAAAAUUAAACAAGAUGGGUGUAAUUUUUUUUUGUCACAGACCUGACAUCACUAAAUCAAAAUGAUGCGUGCCUGCAAGCUUUAGAGAGCUGCCUUCAUUCCAGCAUGUUUUUCAGUAGAUAUUUUACACUUGGACACAGGAAGGAGAUUUCUUCGUCCCAUGUUUUGUUGAUAGACGUUGUUUUUUGUAUAAGCAGCGAGUUCCUGUACAGCAGUUGGGUUGCUUUUUUUCUCACAAGAUAAUCCAUCAAAAUCCUUGCAUAUUUUGGUUUAUGCAUAUAUACUCAUACUUCGUUUACACAAAACUAUAAUAUAAAGAUCUGAUUUUAUCUUUUCGGACUUUAGCCUGCUGGCGGCAAGUGACUCUGCCUUUGCGACCAGUGCAGACCAAGAUUAGCCUGCACAUCAGUGCAGUCUGAUCUUGGUCUGCACUGUUCGCUAUUCAGUCAGAAAAUUUUCAGUGAAUGUCCCUUCGAAUAAUAAAUGGCACUGCCCAAAUUGAAUGACAGACCAGUCCAUUUUAGAAAUUUAGAAGGGUAAAGGUUAAAGAAUGAUCGGGUCAUAUUACUGCUGAUACUAACUGGGAUCUGAUACAUGUUGGUAUUUUUAUUUUACAUGAUUUUGACUACUUUAUUUUGGGUUGAAUAAACAUAUCUUUACAUUUUCUUGUAUUUUCUUUACUUCUGUACUUGUUCUUAAUAAAUAGUCCUAUAUUGGAUUGAAUGAAAACAUAAUAUAAUAGAUUAGUAAUUUUUGAAUUUUAUAUAAAUAAUCUGUGGUAAUAUUUGACAAGCAUUAGGUGCGUAAAUUGUAUAUAAUGAUUUGUGUAAUUGAACAUGCUUCUAUGAUUAGUAAAAAUGUUAUGUAAACUUGUUUAUUGAUACUUUUGUAUUAAUAUUUGCCUAAAUACCACACUUGCGUGUUUAUAUACCAUAUAUUUUCGCUUAUAUGAUGCAUUAUUAGGAGUCAUAUUUCCAGUUCAGAGGGUGGGGAGUAUCUUUAUGUAAGUGUGUACUACAGGGAAAUUAAAAGAAAAAGAAACCUAGAUUGCAUGUCCGACGUCUUAUAAGAGAGUGCGUCUUAUAAGCGAAAAUAUAUGGUAGGAAACUUAUGUAGAAGUUUUACUGUUCUUAUGCUCAACACUGUAGAAGUAACAAAUUUUGAUUUACAACUGGACAGUUUUAAGAGUGGAUACACUAAUACUUUGGUCCUUGCCAGGAAAUUGUAUAAGAUUAAGACAUCUUUUGUUUUAAACAUAAACACAACAGUAGCAAAUAAAAUACAAACCAUUCAAUACACGUUUUGUUACAUUUUUCUAUAAUUUUUCAUGUAAAUUAUUUUCAAGAACUUUUAGGAGUGAACAGUUUGUGUUACUAGGCAUAGUGACUUUAGGCAAAUAUUGUAUAAUGUUAAGUUGCCAGUAUUUUACUUUAUUAUAAGAUUAUGUUAUGGUAAAAGCUCUCAUAUUACAUAUUAACAUCAUUUCACCCCCCAUUUACAUCAGUCUCUAGUUCAUUUACUUCAUAAUUUUAAAUUCUUGACAAUUUUAAGAUAUUUCUGUAUUAGCAAAUCUUUCUCUGAAAUAAAAUUAAAAGACUGAAAUUUUGAAAAUUCAGUUUGAUGAUAGAAGUGCAAGCUUUGUGAUGUAUACCAAACUGAUAUAUAUUUAUACUUGCUGCUAUGAAAAAUGAGGUGUGAAUCAGAAAUCUAUUGUUCAGCAAAUUUCAAGCUCUACAUUUAUGGAACUGAAUUAAAAACUGUGUGAUUUAUUGUGGCAGCUAAUACUGAAAUCUAGAGAUAAUGUCUGGACAAAAAGAUAUGGUUCUGACAAGUUAAAUCUAGAGAAUGAUAUUGUUCUGACAAAUAGAUACUGUUGUAACAAGUAAAAUCAAGAGAUAUUGUCCUGACAAGAAGAUAUUGUUCUGACAAGUAAAAUCUAGAUAUUGUUCUUACAAAAAGAUAUUGUUCUGACAAGUAAAAUCCAGAGAUAUUGUUCUGACAAGUUAAAUCUAGAGAUAUUGUUCUGACAACAGAUAUUGUUCUUAGUACAAGCAAAAAGCUAACUUUGUUGAUGUUCCGUUUUGUUACAUACUAUGUAAAUGAAGAUAGAACUAAAAGUGACAAUUUGGCUGUCAGAGUUUCAUUUCAUUUCUUAAUUUACCAACAUUUUUAAAUUAAAUUUAAAUUCUGUGAUAAUUUGUAUGGCUACAGAGAGAGCCGUAAUGCUAUACAGUGCUGGUGAAUUUUUGUUUGACAUCAUUUGAUUUAAACAGGAUCUUGUGCAAAUUUCGAAAAAAAAAUAUGCGUAACACGCAAAGAACACUCCCAGUGAAAUACAUUUCCAUGUUCAGUAUCAUAAAUGUAUUUAAUAACAUUUCAUAUAUGUUCUAUUUAACUAAUUUAAAUUUAUUGUCAUGUGUAGUAUAAUUUGCUGUUGUUGUAACAGUAAAGUGAAAAUAAAAAGAGAUAAAGCCCA